AUGGGGACCUCCUGCACGUUUCUACCAUCCUUUCUCUCAAUUGGCAUUCUCCUACUACUACUUUCUGGAGAUUUUUGUGCAACAAUCAUUGGAGGACAUGAAGUAACUCCUCAUUCAAAACCAUACAUGGUCCUAAUUGAAGGAAGAAAUCUCUGUGCUGGAGCUUUGAUUGCAAAAACCUGGGUACUGACUGCAGCUCAUUGUUCAGAGAUCGAAAGAGUCAAGGUCAUUCUUGGAGCUCACUCGAGAACCAAAAACGAAUCACAAAAACAAAUAAUAUUAAUUGAGAAUGGAACUCCCUACCCAUGCUAUGAUCCAGUCACACACGAGGGUGAUCUGCAACUCCUAAAGCUGAACAAACCUGCAGCUCUUAAUACAAACGUAGGUACUCUUAAACUACCUAAAAAUGCCAAGGAUGUAAAGCCAGGAACAGUAUGUGAAGUUGCCGGAUGGGGGAAGACUAAUAAUAAAUCACCUAAUCCCUCAGAUACCCUGCGAGAAGUCAACGUCACUGUCAUAGACAGAAAAACCUGCAAUGAUGAAAAGCACUAUGCUUAUAAUCCCGUGAUCGGACUCAAUAUGAUCUGUGCUGGAAACCCCAAAGGAGGGAGAGAUUCAUGUGAUGGAGAUUCUGGAAGCCCCUUGAUAUGUGAUGGUGUUUUAAGAGGCAUCACUUCCUUUGGAUAUCUAGGGAAAUGUGGAGACCCUCAAAAACCUGGAGUCUACACUCGUCUCUCAGAGAAACACCUCGUAUGGAUAGCUAAGACUAUGAAGGGAGUAAUCUAG